AUGUCAGAAAAGAGACCGGCCUCCGACGACCCGAGCGACAGACAGCUUGUUGUCAAGCGGCAGAAUGUGGGCACGAGUCGCGCCGUCACCCGGCCCGGCGCUCCAGGAAGCGGCGCGCUCAUCCAGACGGAACCCAGGACCAGCAACCUGCAAGCUCCCCUGAUGGAGCUAUCGGGGCACACUGGAGAGAUCUUUGCGGCUAAGUUCGAUCCAAACGGGAAUUACAUAGCUUCCGGGUCAAUGGACAGGACAAUAAUGCUAUGGAGGACGUACGGCGACUGCGAGAACUACGGCGUCCUGAGCGGCCACCGCGGUGCGAUCCUCGACCUCCAAUGGUCCCGCGACGCCGACAUUCUCUUUUCUGCCUCGGCCGACAUGCACCUCGCGAGCUGGGACCUCACAUCGGGGCAAAGGAUACGGCGCUACGUCGGCCACGAAGAGAUCGUCAACGCAAUGGACAUCAGCAGGCGCGGAGAGGAGCUGCUGAUCAGCGGGAGCGACGACGGGACGAUUGGCCUCUGGGACCCGAGGACGAAGAACGCGGUCGACUAUAUCGAGACCGAGUUCCCCAUCACCGCCGUCGCCAUGUCGGAGGCCGGCAACGAGAUCUACUCGGGCGGCAUCGACAACGACAUCAAGGUGUGGGACAUCCGGAAGAAGACGGUUGUGCACUCGAUGAUCGGCCACACCGACACAAUAACGUCGCUGCGGGUAUCGCCGGACGGCCAGCAACUGCUCUCGUACGCCAUGGACUCGACAGCCAGGACGUGGGAUAUCAGGCCGUUUGCCCCUGCCGAGCGUCACAUUCGCACCUUUGACGGGGCGCCGUUGGGGUUGGAGAAGAAUCUCAUUCGCGGCAGCUGGGACUCGGAUGGCAAAAAGAUCGCGGUUGGAGCAGGAGACGGCACGGUCGUCAUCUGGGGUAGCGAUUCAGGGAAGCUGUUAUACAAGCUUCCCGGCCACAAGGGUACGGUCAACUGCGCCGAGUUUGCGCCAGUGGGCGCUCCUAUAAUUCUGUCGGCGUCGUCGGAUCGCACUAUGCUGUUGGGCGAGUUGAAGUGA